AUGAAAUAUGCAAUUCUUACGCGGAAUACACUAAAGCGGUCUUCAAUAGCCUGCUACUCAUACGGCCAGGUUGUAUGCCACUCUAACAACAGGUGGUAUCACGGGUCUCCAUGCAGACACAGACCAAGUCUCGAACCGCGAUUAGAGGACCAUGGCAAAGUAAUUGUCGAUGAGUACUCAAUCAUCCGUGAUAAAUAUGCUGCACCAAAAUACCCUGUCGUUCUGGCCCAUGGCUUGCUCGGGUUUUCUGAACUCCGCCUUGCUGGUCCAUAUCUCCCCGGUGUUCAGUACUGGCGUGGAAUCAAAGAGGCCCUGACGGCGCGAGGUAUCGAAGUUAUCACGGCAACAGUGCCUCCAUCUGGCUCCAUUGAGGCGCGGGCGGAGCAAUUGGCCCAAAAUAUCGAGGCUGGGGCUCGAGGAAAAGAUGUUAAUAUUAUUGCUGGUCUUGAUUCACGAUAUAUGAUUAGCCACAUACGACCGGAGAAGUUCAAAGUCUUGUCACUGACCACUAUCGCAUCCCCGCAUCGAGGCUCAUCUGUAGCGGACUAUGUGAUUGAUCAAAUUGGAGCCGAUCGCCUACCUCAGAUCUAUUAUGCCCUUAAUCGACUAAGUGUCGAGACAGGUGCAUUCGCUCAACUAACACGGAAAUACAUGACUGAGACCUUCAACCCCAAUACCCCAGAUGUGGAUGAUGUCAGAUAUUUCUCCUAUGGAGCAGCAGUGGAGCCAAGUAUAUGGUCUGCCUUUCGGCUUUCACACCGAGUACUUGCGGAGAUUGAAGGACCCAAUGAUGGCCUAGUCAGCGUGUCUAGUAGCCGCUGGGGAGGCGAUGCAGGCUACAAAGGAACCUUGAAGGGCGUGAGCCAUCUAGACCUAAUCAACUGGACCAACCGCCUUAAGUGGCUAGUCGGAGAAGUAACAGGCAACAAACGGAAGUUUAACGCCAUUGCAUUUUACUUGGAUAUUGCAGGUAUGUGUUACGGUCUGAUUGGGUCACUCGAGACUAAUAAGCUGCCUGUUCACUAG